GCGCGCAUCACACCACGAGCGAAUCGGAGCUUCGUGCAGAGCACGUUUGUAUUUUAUUUAAUUGUCCGACCUUUUCUGUCAUUUUCUCGUCGUGUGUGAUGCAGGCUAGAUUAUGGGAUUAUUUAAAGGAAAAAUCACAUUGCAGAGAGGUUUCCUAAUUUGAUGCCAGUGAGAAAAACUAGAAAUAUUUGGAGAUGAAGAAGAUGAGUCAGCCCUAAACACUGAAAUACUUUCAUCCGCACAGAAGUGGCGCAUCUUGUAGAUAAUGAGAUUAAAUCCAUUUGCAGGUGAGAUGCCAUAAUCCGCGUGAGAAAGUGAGGUAUCAUGGACUCCUGGAUCUUCCCAUCGUCCCCUACGAACCUGUCGGAGCACCUCAUGUAUGACAGCUUCAUGCAAAGCAAUGAGUCCAACCUCCACGGGAACUACACAGACCACAGCUUCAACAAAACCAGCACGGUGGUCAUCACCUGUUUGUACUUUCUGGUUUGCACUGUGGGGCUCUGCGGAAACUCCCUCGUCAUCUACGUCAUCCUGCGCUACGCCAAGAUGAAGACAGUUACCAACAUCUACAUCCUGAACCUGGCAGUGGCCGACGUGCUCUUCAUGCUGGGCCUGCCUUUCAUCGCCAUCCAGCUGGCGCUGGUCCACUGGCCAUUUGGUCCUGUGCUCUGCAGGGUGGUGAUGACCGUCGACUCCCUGAACCAGUUUACUUCUAUCUUCUGCCUGAUGGUCAUGAGCAUCGACCGCUACCUAGCUGUGGUGCAUCCCAUUAAAUCCACAAAGUGGCGCAAGCCGCGCAUGGCAAAGACUAUUAACUUAGCAGUGUGGGGGGUGUCACUGAUGGUUAAUCUGCCCAUCGUUAUCUACAGCGGAGUCAUCACAAAGCACGAUGGCUGCUUCUGCACCAUUGUGUGGCCCGAGCCACAAGAGGCCUACUACACAGUGUUCAUGUUCUACACCUUCAUCCUGGGCUUCUUCUUGCCCCUUUUGGUCAUCUGCCUUUGCUACUUGUUCAUCAUCUUUAAGGUGAAGUCCUCAGGCAUCCGUGUGGGCUCCUCCAAGAGGAAGCGCUCAGAGAGAAGGGUGACUCGGAUGGUGUCCAUCGUGGUGGCAGUGUUUGUCUUCUGCUGGUUGCCUUUUUACGUCUUCAACGUGACCUCGGUGACAGGAACCAUCAGCACUACUCCCAUCCUGAGGAGCACCUUUGCUUUUGUGGUGGUUUUGGGAUACGCCAACAGCUGUGCCAAUCCCAUCCUCUACGCCUUCUUGUCGGAGAACUUCAAAAAGAGUUUCCAGAAUGUUCUGUGUCUUAAGAAGGUGGGUGGGCUGGAUGAGGCUGAUUGCAGCGACAGCCGGAAGGAUAAGUCUCGCAUGAUAAAUGACCCCACAGAGACCCAAAGUACUCUGCUGAAUGGGGACCUGCAGACCAGCAUCUGAGAGGAAGGUGAUAUGACUCGAAUACACACACUCACACAGACUCAUACAUAUCUGAAACCAGAGAUGGGCACUCAAGCUUGAGACUUUGACUCGAGUUGCACUUAUGUCGCACACACAGUGACUUCAUACUUGACUUGAGACUCGUCUUCAAAUGACUUCAGACUCGGCCAGGACCCGAGAUGCAGGACUCGUGAACAUUCUUUAUUUUAAGGAAACUUUGGAUGAGCUGAAUGUUAUUCCCCUCCCUGCGUAAACCUACUUACGUAAUACGUAACGAAUCUACUGCGCACCGCCAAACAUUAAAGGACAACAACAACCAAGGCGACCGCACCGGCAGCUGCUAUGCCAUUGAUCAGAAGCUUUGGUUUAAAUCUUCAGACAACAAGGCCCAAACAAAAGAAUCACUGAAUGCUAAAUAUGUGCAAUCAAGAUAAAUCAUUCUGGCUCAACCACAUCUCAUUCAUUUUAGCAAGAUUGUCCUGAAAACCUGAGUACCUCAAUAUUUGGUCUGUACUGUACUGUAUGUUCAUGUUACAAGGAAAAAUACAAUUAUUAACUAAAGCUUCCUGUAAAGUAACGCAUUCCUGUCUUGUUUGUUUUUUUGUUCUAUUGCUAUAGCCUAUUUUUUAUUAUAUACCAAACCUACUAAUCAAGCUAAUACUGCAUGAUAAUAGAUAAAUGAGUCAUAAUAACAUUUUACAUGGUUUGAAAAACCUUUUUAGCUAUGCAGUGUUCUGAGCAGCCUGGACAGAAUGCAGCAGGUGAUGCAACACUCAUUAUAACCACGAGAGACUUGAGACUUGACUUAGACUCUAGCUCAGAGACUUGUGAGCAUCUCUGUCUGAAACAAAUAACAACUGUUGUCAACAUAUUUCAGAUCACAUCAAAGAGGGAAAAUACAUGAUUAAAUAAUACACAUGUCACAGAAGAACAUGGCUCUUGUUAAGGAGGACAAAAAAAACUUCAGAACGUCCAACUGCACUGUUCCUCUAUUGGCCUUUGAGACAUUGUCUUGGAAACAAAUCCAUUAUAACAUAAUCAGAAGAUCAUACAACUGUUUGGUCUAUGCUUUGAAUGAAAAUGGAAUCUGUUUGACUCAGUGUAUUGAGGUAGAAGGAACACUAACGCCCACUUGCAAAUGGUCCCCUGGGUGAUUUUCCCUGGAGACCCGGGAUUAUAUGCAUAGUUUACAGCAGAGGGCCUGUUACUGCAGUGUUUAAAAAUAACUACAUACGGGAGCCCGGAUAGCUCAGUUUGUAGAGCGGACGCCCAUAUAUAGAGGUUUACUCCUCGACACAGCGGGCCAGGGUUCGACUCUGACCGGCAGUCCUUUGCUGCAUGUAAUUCCCCCGCUCUCUCCCCUUACAUGUUUUCAGCUGUCCUGUUGAAUAAAGGUCUAAACAUGCCCAAAAAAAACUAAUAGUAAAAAACAUAGUAUUUUGUUUCUGUCUCAUCUGCAAGUUAUUUUCACUUUUUGACUGUAAAUAACUGUACAGGAAAUAGACAAAGAGACUAUGUGAAACGUCAGAGGAUUUUAUAUUCAGUGUCAUUUAGUUUUGAAACUCUAAAUCUGACUUGUGCGUAACUAAUGAAUGUCAGUGCCAUUGAUUCUUGUGUUUUGUAGUACAACAGUCAAAUGAUUUAAUGUGGGACCAAUUUUUCUUGUGAAAAAUGUAUCAAAUGUAAAUGUGAAUAACAGUGUUCAGUUGGCAGGCAAAUAUUUUGUCCUGUGUCACUAGCUGCUUCAAUAUAGCUACAUGCAUAAUUGAUUACUUUAAUGGUACUGGCUCGAUAUACCAAGCCAGCCUCUAACCAAAGUGCUGCUAAGAUGUAUAAAAACUCUAUUACAAUGGUGAAUAGUAUUACAUCAAGUAAUGCCCCUGUAUGCCCGCUGCUACUGGCCUUCCGUUGGAAACUAUUCUUUGUCAUGGCAUUUACCAUUAUUUAUGUAUAUAACAUAAUAAGGCUGCUGCCAUUGUUUGUAGCUAUUACAGUAAUGGCAUUUAUCAAAAUACCAGACUGCAUGAUUCUAAAUUAUUCAGUAUGAAUGCUAAGUAGUGGCUCAGCUUUGACUUUUUGUCAUCUGAGAGCGUGAAAACCUGUUUAGAUUGUAUUUUGUAAAGGAUUAUUUUGCUCCCAAGAAAUGGAUGGGUCACUAUCUUGGAAGUAGUAAACUGGGAUUUAAGAUGGAUUUAAACAUAAUUCAUUUAAAACAUGUUCCGUUUAUUAUUGUUUCACUGUUUUGUAGUACAGAAAACAAUUGCAAGCUAUUUGUAAACACUUUGUAUAAUGACACUGGACCCUCUUCUGUUUCUGAAUCUAUGUGUCUGAGUGACGUGAAUUUGUGAAGGGCUAGAACACUUAUGCUCAAGAGGCUUUGGUGUUCCUUUAUAAGAAUCAUCCUUGUGUAAAUGUAAAUGUAAAUGUGCUGUAUUUCAUAUAGCGCUUUUCUAGUCUUAACAACUACUCAAAUCGCUUUUACAUAGUACAGGAACCAUUCACCAUUCACACACAUUCAUACACUGUUGCAGAGGCUGCCGUACAAGGUGCCACCUGCUCAUCAGAUAAACACUCACACACAUUCACACCCCAAUGGCGCAGCAUCGGGGGCAACUCGGGGUUCAGUGUCUUGCCCAAGGACACUUUGACAUGGGACUGCAGGGCCAGGGAUUAAACUACCAACCGUCCAAUUGGCAGGCAACUGCUCUACCACUGAGCCCCAGCCGCCCAGGAACUCAACAAACUCUCUGUUUGUUGCUGUUAUCACACACACACACACACACACACACACACACACACACACACAAUUUGUGAACCACCAUCCAUGACUAAUCAAAUUCCAUAUCCAAUCUCCCUCUCUGCAGUAUUGAAACUUGUUACCUGGUCUGUAACAUUUUAUUACCAUUGAGAGACAUGACACACCUCUAGUGUCUUAUAUUUCCAUAGCAACAGUGACCAAGAGCGUUGGUCCCAUGGUUACACAAAUUAGCAUAAUAAUAAUAGAGAGAUGAAUCUGGACAUAAAUUAUCAAUGUAGACAUUGCUAAGAUAACUGACGAAAAAAAUAGAAGACUGUGUUAAGGCUGCAAAACCAAACACCUCAGUUACAUCAAACCUGAUGAAAGUGCAUAGUUUUUGUGCCCCAAAAUGUAAAAUCAAACGUCUUGUGUUGUAAAAAUCAUCUGGCUGUUGUAGAUAUAAUUAUGAUUCCGGCAAAGGCUUUUCAUACCGUGCUUGUUUAUUUUUCAGCAGCUUUUCUUAAGUCCAUAGUGCAGAUUUUCUAUUUAGUAUUUGCUCCAUUGGUGUUUAGUAUUUAGAUUUUUAUGAGCCUUAUUUGAAUUGCUCAAAUACUGUUUCAUUAGCUUUAGGAAAUCUUACAAUUGGUCUAAAGUAUAGCUGUUUCUGUAGAAAAUUGGCAUUAUGGAUGUUUUUCCAGUUUCUGCUUUGUUAAAUUAUAAUGAAACAGCAAGUUUGAUGGAGCAAACAUGGAUUGUGUAUGGCUAUGUUGAAACUUAAUAAAGUAAUAAGUGAC